AUGAGUGCGCAAGUUCAGAUCGGGAUUCUAUUAUUGCUGAUGAUGAACUUAUCGUCAGGAAUUAAAAUUUUGGACCUUCUCGCUGAUUACGGGCUUAGAAAUACUUAUGGAAUCAAAACUGCACCAUUCCCAAGAUUUGCUGAAUACGACUUCAUUGUCGUUGGUUCCGGCCCUGGCGGUUCUCCAGUAGCCAAUCGCUUAUCAGAAAACCAAGACUGGAAGGUUUUGCUCCUAGAGGCGGGUAAACCGGAGGGGCUAUUACAUCAAAUACCGAUGCUGGCGGGUUCUUUCAUAAAUUCUGAAUAUGACUGGCAGUACCGAGUCGAAUCUCAGAAAAAAGCGUGCUUAGGGAUAAUAGAUCAACGGUGCACCUAUCCAAAAGGCAAAUCGUUGGGUGGUACGAGCUCCAUAAAUAGCAUGGGUUACUCUAGAGGACAUAAGUUUGAUUUUGACCAUUGGGCUGAGCAAGGAAAUUAUGGCUGGUCGUAUGAUGAAGUCCUACCAUACUUUAAGAAAAGUGAAAACGCAAACCUCCGAGAACCAGUGGAUGAAUCGUAUCACGGCAGAAAUGGAUAUUUACACGUACAAAAUGCUCCAUGGAAUACCCCUCUCGCCACGGCUUUUUUAGAAUCCGGGAAAGAACUGGGAUAUGAUGUUAUUGACUACAAUGGACGACAACAGAUUGGUUUUUCGUAUGGCCAGCUGACAAUGUUGAAUGGUACACGAUGUAGUGCUUCGAAAGCAUAUCUACGAAUCAAACGAUCCAACUUAGAUAUAAUACCAGAGGCAAGGGUAUCAAGGGUAUUAGUCGAUAACAAUAAUUAUGCCUACGGUGUGGAAUUUAUAAAAAACAAGCAAUCUUAUCAAAUCCAUACUAGUAAAGAGGUCAUUUUAUCAGCUGGGGCAAUUGACACACCGAAACUUUUGAUGCUAUCUGGAAUCGGACCUGAAGAACAUCUCAACGAAUUGGGAAUUAGAGUAGUAAAGAAUGCUCAAGUAGGACAUAAUUUCUACGAUCAUGUAGGUUUUGCUGGGCUUACAUUUUUGGUAAAUCAAAGUGUCACGUUAAUUGCAAACAAGAUGCAAACACCGGAACCUGUACUCCAAUAUGCUAUUCAUGGAAGUGGUCCAUAUUCUGUAGCUGCUCUCAAUGAAGCAGUGGCAUUAACUCGCACAAAAUAUGCAACUGAUGUUCGGCCAGAUCUUGAAUUGAUGUUUCGUGCAGCAACAUUCAACAUGGAUAUCGAUGGAAGGUCUGCAAAAGCCCGUCGUAUAAAUAAAAAUAUUUAUGAUACCGUUUGGAAACCGAUAGUUGGUAAAGAUGCUUUCACAAUUUGGCCAUUCGCACAACUUCCACGCAGUAAGGGACGGAUCAAAUUGAAAUCAUCUAACGUUAAUGAUGAUCCAGUUAUUGACCCUAAUCUCUUAGACGAUAACAGUGAUGUGGAAAUUCUUGUUGAAGGUAUUAAAUUGGCAAUAGAGAUAUCGAAAUCGAAAGCCUUCCGCCGAUAUGGCACCAAACUACAUGAUGUAAAAAUUCCGGGAUGUGAGUUACUAGAAUUUGCCUCGGAUGAUUACUGGCGUUGUGCGAUCCGACAUCUAACGCUCGCCUUUAAUCAUGACAUGGGUACUGCUAAAAUGGGUCCCUCUUCUGAUGCUGCUGCCAUUGUUGAUCCUGAAUUGAGAGUGCAUGGAGUCAAAGGACUGAGAGUCGUUGAUGCUUCUAUCAUACCUGUCAUGCCAGUAGGUCAUUUGACAGCAACGAUCUAUAUGAUCGCUGAGAAAGGUGCUGAUAUGAUCAAAAAAUCAUGGCAGAGUUAA